CGAUGAGAGACACAUUCAAGAGGGUCUGCAGGGGAGCCUCUUGUACAAAUUGGCCUGCGGGGGGCACAAAGGCGACGCAGACGGGACCCUGAUGGAACUCAUAGCCCCCAAGCUGAGCUGCACCCAGACGGACUGCAAGAUAUGCAAGACGAAAUCGAAGACCGACAAGAAACCGCCGAAGAAACUCAGAAAGAAGCCUGGAGACGAACCUCUCCUAGCCUCCUCCAAGACCAACGAACUCCAGAACCUAUCGCCCAAAGCUGCCGCCCAACUGCUGAUCCAGAACAUCGGCGAGAUAAAAUCGAAGAAGAGCUCGACCAAGUCGCAGGUCAGCGAGAAGAACCUCAACCGGUACAGGGACGCGAAGGGCAAGCGCAAGAACUCCAGGAAGACGCUGGCGCAGGACUCCAGGCUGGCCAUACACCAGCGACUGGAGGAGAACUUGGUCAAGAAGAUAUUCAACAACAACAACAACCACCACGUACCUCCCAUGGACUUCGUGACCAAACAGGCCGCGGUCCAGAAGCUGGUGCCGUUCAAGGAUCAGUUCCAGAGGGCCCUGAAAGCGCCGGAACUGUACCCGAGGCCCAAGAGGUCCAACGUCACGCGGCUGUUCCCGUACAUCAACGAUCCGGACAACAAGGUCUUCCAGAACAUCACCGUGUUGCCCGUGAAGGUCUUUUACGAUUUCGAGCCGCUGAAGGACACGUCGGAGAAGAAACUGGAGGAAAUGGACCAUGUGGAAGGGUCCAGGACCAAGCAGGGGAACCCCCCGGUCAACAUAACCUCUUUGUCGGAGACGGACGAGUUGGAGGUGUCGACAGUUGAACGUCCAAGACCUUCGACGGCCGGCGAUAAGAAUUCCAAGAAGAAGAUGGCUGGUAAAAGACGCACAGGUACCCCCAAAAGUCCAAUCUACGGCUCAAGACAAAGCCCUAAUAAAUACGCAAAUCUACCUCCAAGCCCCAUGGGGCAACCCAUCGAUGUGACCCUGACUCGGAAGAGCAAAGAGAUCCUCUGCGUCAACCAGGACCCUUG